CCAGCAUGAAAGCCAUCAGUCCGGUCCGCUCGGCGAGGGGCUGCUACAAGGCCGUGUGCUGCAUCUCGGAGCAGAGCCUGGCCAUCGGCCGGAAUAAGCACGCGUGCGCAGACGAGCCCGCGGGCGCCCUGUGCGACAUGAACGACUGCUACUCCAAGCUCAAGGAGCUGGUGCCCAGCAUCCCGCAGAACAAGUCCGUGAGCCAGGUGGAGAUCCUCCAGCACGUCAUCGACUACAUCUUCGACCUGCAGAUCGCGCUGGAGGCGGAGGACCAGGCCACGCCGGAGAUGGUUCUGUCGAUAAAGGCUGCCGACAUUACGAGCAAUUUCUCAUAAGAAGAAGAGCCAUUACAAUGAAGAUGACACAUUGUGGUGCAGGGAAACACAUGUCUCCACUUCACUCCGGGCAAGAGGACAAGAGGGGCAGAGAGGGUGGGAUAGGUAUUUCUGCAGAGAGAGGAGGGCGUUAAGGGAAGAGCAAAGCGCGGACUGUUUCCUAUGAGAGGGGAUCCACAGCAGAGCGUGAGCAAGAGAACACACUUGCUCUCCGGCUACUGGACAUACAAAUCAACACACCAAAGCAGGAGCCAGGAUGGGAAAGUUAAAGCGACCAACUGUGUAUGUCUUCCUCACAAAGCUGGGAUUCCAUAUAGGUAGAAUUAGAAAUAUUUGGUACACUGUCUUUUUUUUUUCUUUUUUUUUUUUUUAUUUCAAUUCAUUUUUAGAACACAUUCCGAACAGACCUUUCGGUGGGCGGAUCUCCUCGCCCCAUCCUGAGCCUAUCUUCAACAAGUCUUGUAUCACCUCACAUAGUUAUCACCCCGAAAACAAUGUCUCCUUGUGAUCUGGGUCCUGUUCAAAUGUAGGCAUGUGUACAUUUCUGCUGUGGGUAAGGUGUGAGUCGUUUUGGAUGUCUGUAUUUUUCAUGGGAGUUUUUCUUUGUAAUAUUCCAAACUCUAUACUAGAGUUAAUUCUAAUUGUUUGUAGGGAUCGUUGUAUUUCUACAGACCAUGAGCUAUGAGUUUCAUAAACUCUUUAUAAUAAAGUUUGGUUUGUAUGUAUGUUAUGUAAUGAAAUAAAACAUAAUGCUGUGGAGCACUGUGGCUGGCGUGGAGUAUUCGG